AUGGAGGACAAUGGCGCACUGUCACCCUCAAUGCCGGUGCCACUGCCACUGCCACUGCCGAUGCUGCGGUGGGGUCAUUACGACGGCGAUGACUACGCCGCGCACGGCCAACUGGCGGUUGUUCCCCAAACCACCACCACCACCACCACCUCACGCUUCAAGCUUCCUGACGGGUGGCGCGUGCAAAAGGUUCUCCGUUCUGACGGAUGUCGAAUCGACAAGUAUUACCACGAGCCAGAGACUGGACACAAGUUUCGAUCCCUUAAAGAAAUCGAGAGAUAUAUAAAAGGAGAAGUGUAUAGACCAAGACAGAGGUCAUUGAAGAAUUCUGCUGAUAGGAGGGCGUUCGGUUAUGGUAGAAAGAGUAUUGGUUCUCGGAAGAUGAUCAUUUCUGGUGGCAAGGUAAAGACUUCAACUUCUGAUUCUUUCAGACCACUAGGCACCUGUUCUAAGAAUAGCAAGGUUCCUACAGGUCCUGGAGAGCAUACUUGGAGACUGCUUCUAUGUAAAUAG